AUGACUCACUCUCACGACCACAGCCACGACGGCACCAACAAUGGCCACGGCCACUCGCACGAGAUCCUCGACGGUCCGGGUUCAUACCUAGAACGAGAAAAGCCACUCGACGAGGGCCGCGAUUGGACCGAGCGAGCCUUUACCGUCGGCAUCGGAGGGCCAGUAGGAUCUGGCAAGACGGCGCUGAUGCUCGCGCUCAGCCGCGCAUUGAGAGACGAGUACAACAUUGCAGCUGUCACGAACGACAUCUUUACCAAAGAAGACGCCGAGUUCCUCACCCGGAAUAAAGCCCUCUCGGCCGAUCGGAUCAUGGCCAUCGAGACAGGCGGGUGUCCCCAUGCUGCCGUCCGCGAAGACAUCAGUGCGAACCUGCUUGCGCUACAGACUCUGCACAAGCGGUUCCAGACGGAUUUGCUCUUGAUUGAGUCCGGCGGUGAUAACCUGGCGGCGAACUACUCCCGCGAACUGGCUGAUUUCAUUAUCUACGUGAUUGACGUUGCCGGUGGUGAUAAGGUCCCCCGGAAGGGUGGGCCUGGUAUCACCGGAUCUGACUUGUUGGUUAUUAACAAGAUUGAUCUGGCUGAGGCGGUUGGGGCAGAUCUGGGGGUUAUGGAUCGGGAUGCGGCGAAGAUGAGGGAGGGCGGACCGACGAUCUUUGCGGAAGUAAAGAAUGAAAAGGGGGUGGAUGGGAUUGUGGAUCUGAUUCUGAGCGCGUGGAAAGCCAGCGGUGCGUAUGAGUUGAGCUUGAAGAGGUGGCAGAGCGGCGCUCCAAGGGGUUCUGGGUCGGUACACUGA